AAAUUCAAAGUGCGCAGAGAGGAGGAAAAUGUCCGCCGUGCGGCUGCUGCGGGUGUCGGUACAUGAGCGGAUCAGCGCUGCCGCUGAAGACUUUCUGCUGGAGGUGGAUAAAGUAGGGGGAAAGGCUCAAGUCCCGGCGCUGAGAGCUAUGCUCACCGAGCGGCUCAAGGCGGCGGCGGAGGAGAUCCUCGUGUGGCUUGAGGAAACCGUGGCGGAGUACGAAGACAGAGUGGAGCGUUCAGAGCGGACCGAGUUGGAGAUCUGCCGCCAGAGGAGGCUGCUCGAUGCCGUGAUGCAGCCCGUAGUCCGGCUGCACAGAGCAGUGUGUCCUGCAGACAUCCAGCAACUGAUGUUGAAUAAAGAAGAGGUUCCCCCUGAGGAGCAGAAGUGGAGCCCCCUUGUGGACCAGGAGGACCCAGAGCCCCCCCACCUUAAAGAGGAACAGGAGGAACCGUGGACCAAUCAGGAUGGACAGCAGCUUCAAAGACUGGAGGAGGCUGAUAUCGAGUUCCCAUUGACUCCUGUCGCUGUGAAGAGUGAAGAAGAUGAAGAGAAACUUAAAUCGUCAAAGCUUCAUCCGAGUGAGACGAAGGAGAAUAGAGCGGACUGUGGAGGACCAGAACCAGCCAGGAACUCAGGUCCUGAUGGAUGUUUAGAACCAGGCCCUGAGGACAAGACUGAAGACUCUUCUGAGACUGAAGACAGUGAGGAUGAUUGGCUGGAGACCAGGGAACCUCAGACAGGUUUAAAUACAAGAAAUGACAAACAGCCUCUAAAUGAUAUGGGAUGUAAGACAGAAAAAAAAACGCUUAAUUGCUCUGAUUGUGGCAAAAGAUUUCACCAAAGGGGCAAUCUAGAUAGACAUAUGACGGGUCAUACAGGAGAAAAACUCUUUAGUUGCUCUGAGUGUGGUAAAAGAUUUAGCCGUAGGGACCAUCUAAAUUUACAUAUGAGGUGUCAUACAGGAGAGAAACCGUUUAGUUGCUCUGAGUGUGAGCAACUACAGGGUGCGCUGCUGGCUCGGAGCUCAGAGUGUCUGUUUCCUGCCGCUGGCUCUUUUUGCUCGCUCAAAAAUUCAAAGUGCGCAGAGAGGAGGAAAAUGUCCGCCGUGCGGCUGCUGCGGGUGUCGGUACAUGAGCGGAUCAGCGCUGCCGCUGAAGACUUUCUGCUGGAGGUGGAUAAAGUAGGGGGAAAGGCUCAAGUCCCGGCGCUGAGAGCUAUGCUCACCGAGCGGCUCAAGGCGGCGGCGGAGGAGAUCCUCGUGUGGCUUGAGGAAACCGUGGCGGAGUACGAAGACAGAGUGGAGCGUUCAGAGCGGACCGAGUUGGAGAUCUGCCGCCAGAGGAGGCUGCUCGAUGCCGUGAUGCAGCCCGUAGUCCGGCUGCACAGAGCAGUGUGUCCUGCAGACAUCCAGCAACUGAUGUUGAAUAAAGAAGAGGUUCCCCCUGAGGAGCAGAAGUGGAGCCCCCUUGUGGACCAGGAGGACCCAGAGCCCCCCCACCUUAAAGAGGAACAGGAGGAACCGUGGACCAAUCAGGAUGGACAGCAGCUUCAAAGACUGGAGGAGGCUGAUAUCGAGUUCCCAUUGACUCCUGUCGCUGUGAAGAGUGAAGAAGAUGAAGAGAAACUUAAAUCGUCAAAGCUUCAUCCGAGUGAGACGAAGGAGAAUAGAGCGGACUGUGGAGGACCAGAACCAGCCAGGAACUCAGGUCCUGAUGGAUGUUUAGAACCAGGCCCUGAGGACAAGACUGAAGACUCUUCUGAGACUGAAGACAGUGAGGAUGAUUGGCUGGAGACCAGGGAACCUCAGACAGGUUUAAAUACAAGAAAUGACAAACAGCCUCUAAAUGAUAUGGGAUGUAAGACAGAAAAAAAAACGCUUAAUUGCUCUGAUUGUGGCAAAAGAUUUCACCAAAGGGGCAAUCUAGAUAGACAUAUGACGGGUCAUACAGGAGAAAAACUCUUUAGUUGCUCUGAGUGUGGUAAAAGAUUUAGCCGUAGGGACCAUCUAAAUUUACAUAUGAGGUGUCAUACAGGAGAGAAACCGUUUAGUUGCUCUGAGUGUGGUAAAAGAUUUAGCCGUAGGGACAGUCUAAAUAUGCAUAUGAGGAGUCAUACAGGAGAGAAACAGUUUAGUUGCUCCGAGUGUGGUAAAAGAUUUAGCCGUAGGGACAAUCUAAAUAUACACAUGAAGAGUCAUACAGGAGAGAAACAGUUUAGUUGCUCUAAGUGUGGUGAAAGAUUUGACCAAAGCGGCAAUCUAAAUACACAUAUGAGGAGUCAUACAAGAGAGAAACUGUUUAGCUGCUCUGAGUGUGGUAGAAGAUUUAAGCAAUGGAGCAUUCUUAAUAGACAUAUGAGGAGUCACACAGGAGAGAAACCGUUUAGCUGCUCUGAGUGUGAUAAAAGAUUUAGCGAUAGGUUCAAUCUCAAUAGACAUAUGAGGAGUCACACAGGAGAGAAACCGUUAAGUUGAUCUGGGUGUGGUUAAAGAUUAAAGAUUCAGUCCUAUCGUACGAGCAAGAGGAUUCAUAAAGGAGAGAAGUGAUUCAUUUGCAACCUUUGCUACAAAAGAUUUAUUAGGAUUUAUCAGCAGAUAUUCAUAUUAUACAUACUCAUAGAUUACUGUUUUAGAUAGACUAUUAACAGUUUUUAUGUCCCUAGAAAAUAUAACACGAAAGAAUUGUGUAUAUAUAUCUUGUUUCUACUGAUUUCUACAUACUUGAUCUAUUUUUCAUAAGGUCCUUCAUGUCAUUUUAAGGUUAAAGUGUGUUCCUUGCACAGUAUGAAUGUGUGUUUAACUAGUUCAUAUGAUUAAAUAUGUUGAACCCUU